UCAGUAUUUCAUUCGAAGUAAUUAGGAGUUGAGGAUACCUUAAAAAUAACCUGAUGUAUUAUCGACGGUAUGGUCAAAUUAACAUGUAGAUAAAGCGAGUAAUUAAGACGAUGACGGAAAUGUACGAAAACAACUUGAAGACAGUGUAUUUCAUUUUUUAAAUUACGAUUCGAAGGUUAGAUGAUGACUGGCAGCUGAUAUCGUGUUAAUGAGUAUUAUAUAUCUUGUGUUCGACAAGUAUUGAAUAGUGAAUGUGACAGAAAUUUUUGGAACAUUGAAAAAUCGAGCGCAGAUUGUACACCUGAACGUGAAAUUUAAAUUAAAAUACGAUGUCGUGGCUAAAGGAAUGCACUUUGAAUUGGUUUCAAUCCCUAGCUUUAAGGAUCAUUAAGACCGGUGAAGUGCCUAAACACGUGGCGUUUAUCAUGGAUGGUAACAGACGUUACGCGAAUAAACAAAACUUGCAAAAGGGAGAGGGACACUCAAAAGGGUUCGACAAAAUGACUGAGAUGUUAAACUGGUGUAUGGAUCUCGGUGUUGUAGAAGUCACAGUUUAUGCAUUUAGUAUAGAAAAUUUUAAACGUAGCAAAGAAGAAGUUGAUGGUCUCAUGGACCUUGCAAGGCAGAAGUUCAAGCGUCUCUUAGAAGAGAAGGAAAAAUUGAUGGACGUUGGAGUAUGUAUUCGUGUAAUUGGCAAUUUGUCCCUGAUUCCAGAAGAUCUAUGUAAAUUAGUUGCUGAAGCUAUGACUAUUACUAGGGAAAAUAAUAAAGCAUUUUUAAAUCUUGCUUUUGCUUAUACAUGUAAGGAUGAAAUUACUCAUGCAAUUAAGGAUAUAAUACAAGGUGUAAAGGAUGCUGAUAUUUUACCAGAAGAUAUUAAUGAAGAUUUGAUUACUGAUUGUUUAUACACUUACAAGUCUCCAAAUCCAGAUUUAUUAAUUCGUACUUCCGGAGAAACUCGACUUAGCGAUUUCCUCAUGUGGCAAAUUUCCAACACUUGUAUCUACUUUACCGAAGUAUUGUGGCCUGAAUUCAAUAUAUGGAAUUUUCUUAGUGCAAUUUUUUAUUAUCAGAAAUGUUAUCCUAACUUGCAGAAAAAUAGAAACAAUUUAAAACCAAUCAUGCAUAAUAGUAGAGUAUCUAUGUAUCUUGAUAAGUUACAUAACAAACGUGACAUGGCAAUCGAAACAAUAUAUCUAUCAGCAGUUCAAUCCUAGAAAUAAAUAAAUGUUAUUCUAUUAGAUAAAGUGUCGAAUGAAAUAUGCUGAAAAUGUUGCAUAUAUUUUCUUAAAAUCAACUUUCCAUUAUAAUGUAGUUUAUCAUAUUUGU